CGAGCCACACGUACACGAUUAGUGGUGUACGUACGAUAUUCUGAUCGAUAAGUACGAGUUGGACAAUAACUCGAAUCUCGAAGGCUGGCGGCGUGGCUGAUUGCUCUCCCCCAUUUUUGACAGUGCAUUUUAGAUAUUGUACUUCCAUAAAAAAUGACUGCUCAUGAUCAGAUGCGUGCUAUGCUUGACCAGUUGAUGGGAACUGGACGGAAUGGAGAAAAUAACAAAUUUCAAGUGAAAUACUCCGAUCCAAAGGUCUGCAAGAGCUUUUUGCUGGCAUGCUGCCCACACGAAAUCCUAUCAUCAACAUUCUAUUUCCAGAGUCUCUGGAAAAAGCAAUUCCAAUCAGAUCCAUUGUACAAUAUUGUUGCGAGUAUUGUCCGCUCAUAUGUCGUGUUGUACUUGUCGCUCUCACAUGCGCGUUACUGUAAGUACUGAAAAAGCGAAGAGGACGUACGUAUUACAAUUCUACAAUUUGAUUAUCUCUUUAACAUAAUUCAAGUACUAGGUAUAUUAAUUUGAUUAAUGAUACAUAAAGGCGGGCGGUUACCUCAGCCCCUCUACCGGUCAACGGUGGCGAGGCUGAGUGUCGAAUAUUAAUUCCGAGACCCCAAAAGGCCAGUGUAAAGUUGGUGAGUAGCGCCAUGCUGAUUCUCAUGAGACGAUGUCUUAUUGUCGCUUCUUACUAAUAAUGCCGUUUACGGCAGGUAGAAAUCAAGUUUACUUUGAAAGUAUGUGUGAAAAUCGUAUUCAUCCUCGGAGAUAUAGUGGGUUCAGGAAAUGAAGCAGUGAUCUCGCAUGGACCUGGGAGAAUGCCCCCAGAUUCACGACUUGGCCUUACGGGCUGACUAUGAAGCUGCACAAAAGAAAAAGGACCAUUUCUACGACAUUGAUGCUAUGGAACAUUUACAAAAUUUUAUCGCUGAUUGCGAUCGUCGUACAGAACAAGCAAAACAACGACUCGCAGAAACGCAGGAAGAGCUUAGCGCCGAAGUGGCGGCGAAAGCAAAUAACGUUCACGUACUCGCAGAAGAAAUCGGCAAAAAGUUGGCGAAAGCUGAACAACUUGGAGAAGAAGGCUUUGUCGAAGAAUCGAUGAAGCUUAUGGGUGAGAUUGACGAGUUACGAAAGAAAAAGAACGAGGCUGAACAAGAAUAUCGGAACAGUAUGCCGGCAUCCAGUUAUCAACAACAAAAGCUAAGAGUCUGUGAAGUUUGUAGUGCAUAUCUUGGAAUUCAUGAUAACGAUCGACGAUUAGCGGAUCAUUUCGGUGGAAAAUUACAUCUGGGCUUUAUCAAGAUCCGUGAGAAAUUGGCAGAGCUUCAAAAAACCGUGGAGGAGAGACGUAAAGAAAAAAGAGAAUCAUUGUUAGACAGACGCAGAGACAGAGAUAGAGAUGACCGCGACAGAGAUCGAGACAGUCGACGUGGAGGAUUGGGUUAUAGAGACAAAGAUCGAGAUCGUGAUCGUGAUCGUGAUCGAGAUCGUGAUCGUGAUCGUGAUCGUGACCGCGACAGAGACCGUGACCGCGACCGCGACCGCGAUCGUGAUCGUGAUCGUGACAGAGAUCGAGAUCGCGAACGCAGAGAUAGAGAUAGGAGAAAGUCUCGCUCACGAAGUCGCAGUCGUGGAAAAAGAUCGAAACGUUCACGGAGUAGUAGCCGUAGCCGUCGAUCCCGUUCUCGUCGUAGUGGGUCCAAUGAUCGGAAAAGAUAAAACUAAUUACCAUUUUUAAUUAUGCUCAAUCGUUUUUUCCUCGUAUGAAUUCUCACGUGCUUACUUAUGCACAUUACGUAUAAAGAGAAAGAAAAAAAGAAAAGAAAGCAGGAUCGCAUUUGUUGAACAUCAUUUUUUCAAUAGAGAUCUUUUCUGAAUAAAAUAAACUGAGAUUUAUACAUUGUCCGUCACAACUUUUUCGAGACACCAAUAUUUCGAAAUAUCUUCGUGUAAAACUAAACAUAUUUACCUGUCAAU